AUGGAGCUGGAGGGGCGGUGGAGGGACCUGGACUACCUGCUGACCCGGCAGGGCAACGUGGUGGGGCCGGGAUUUGAGCCGGGCCCCGAGAUCAGGGAGUUUCUGCACAAUGACUGCCGGGUGCUGGUGGUGGGCGCUGGCGGGCUGGGCUGCGAGCUGCUCAAGGACCUGGCCCUCAGCGGCUUUGGCAACAUCGACGUGAUAGACAUGGACACCAUCGACGUGUCCAACCUCAACCGCCAGUUCCUGUUCAGGAUGCAAGACGUGGGGCAGUCAAAGGCGGAGGUGGCGGCGCGCCGCAUCCAGCAGCGCAUCCCCGGCGUCACCGUCACGCCCCACCACUGCAUGAUCCAGGACAAGGCGCUGGACUUCUACGAGCAGUUCCACGUCAUCGUGCUGGGCCUGGACUCGCUGGAGGCGCGGCGCUACAUGAACUCGGUGGCCUGCUCCUUCCUGGAGUAUGACGAGGAGGGGCAGCCAGACCUGGCCACGGUCAAGCCCAUGGUGGAUGGCGGCACCGAGGGCUUCAAGGGGCACGCCAGGGUGCUGAUCCCGGGCGUGACGCCCUGCUUCGAGUGCACGCUGUGGCUCUUCCCGCCCCAAACCAAGUUCCCGCUGUGCACGCUGGCGGAGACGCCGCGGUCGCCAGCCCACUGCAUAGAGUAUGCCAAGAUCAUCCUGUGGCCUAAGGAGCGACCAGACGACAGCUUCGACGCGGACUGCGAGGAGCACAUGAAGUGGGUGUACGACAAGGCGCUUGCCCGGGCAGCAGAGUUUGGCAUCCAGGGAGUGACGUACCAGCUGACCCAGGGCGUAGUCAAGAACAUCAUCCCGGCCAUCGCCUCCACCAACGCCAUCGUGGCUGCCCAGUGCACGCUGGAGGCGCUCAAGAUGGUCACCAUGUGCUCCACAGGCCUCAACAACUACAUGAUGUAUGUGGGCACCGACGGCGUGUACACGCUCACCACGCCUUACGAGCGCGACGACAAGUGCCCCAUCUGCUCCGCUGGCAUCACCUUCGAGGUGCCGCCCUCCACCACGCUCCAGCAGUUGAUAGACCAGCUCGUGGCAGACCCAGACCUAGGAAAGCACCUCAGCGCUCCCAGCGUGAGCUACGGCAGCACCAAUCUGUUUAUGCGGGGAGCACUGGAGGCGCAGACGCGGCCCAACCUAGAAAAGCCCAUCAGCGACCUUGUGGAUGGGGACGGCAGCAUCGUGCACGUGAAUGACCGCAAGCUGGUUGCAGCCAUGAAGAUCCGGCUCAAGUUUAGCGGCAGCACCAACGGCACGAUGGAAAUGUGA